AGGCAGCGGCAAUGGGUGACAAAUACCUCGACGAUUACCUGUCAGUGAUCGCGAUUGACGUCGCCGUCGAGGAGAAGACUAAAAUCGCCAGGAUGGCUGUUGCAACAUUGCACAAGCUGCACAACGUGAUGCGGCAGAUGAAAGAUUGGCGGGACGAUAGCGCGAAACUGAAGAGUAAUAUCUGGCAGAUGAAAAUGGCUCUGCGUGCGGAUGACAAGAAUGAUAACGAUAACCAGCAGAUCGACCCUUUGAUCGUGCAUCAGAGGACGGAGAUUAGCCGGUUGGAGCAGGCGAACGGCGCUUUGGAGAACGAAGUAACGAGUCUGAAGCGCGCACUGGCGAAAGCCGAGGAGGAGAUAGCCGUUUGCGAAAUGGACGAUAAGAUCGUCGCGCUCGAGAAUGAAUUCUCGAGCGAGAAGGAACGUAUGAACGACGAGAUUCUGCAGCUGAAGAAGCGGCUGAGGGAGGCCGAGGAAAGCGAGACGAGCGUCAUGCUGAAGCGACUCAGGGACGAACUGAACGAUUUCGCGAGGGGCGACCGAACGAUUGAGAUAAUCUUCGCGAACGCGAUCGGCAAGACCGUCGAGAUGAUCAUCGGUCUGUCGGAGGAGCUCGUGAACGUAAGCGAGAACUUGUACAGGUUCAAGACCAGAAACAGAAGCUUGCGCUACAAGCUGGACAGACUGAGGGCCAUGCUGCGUUCGAGGUGCGGCGGUAGCGCGGAAUAUCGGAAGAGGAUCGGCGAAUUGAACAAUCUUGCCGAGCAAUUGACCGGGGAGAUGGGCCGGCUGAAAGUUAUUCGCGAGAAUGCGAACUGUGGCGAAAGUUCGGGCGCCACGGUUAUCCCGGACGUUGUUAGACAUGUCGAGCGUUUGAUGAACGACUUGAGGAACAAUUUAAAGAGCGAUCGCGAAGCAAUGAUCGCCGCUGGCGAUCCCGACUGUUUGAGAUACAUGAAGAAAGUGGUUAAUCUAAAGGUAAACCUGAGAGUGCUGUCCAUGGAGCUCAGACGGUCGAACUUGCCGGCGGACGAGCGACUAUGCGAGGGUGGCCAGUACGAGAAAUGCCUGGAAGCGGCUUCGUCAUUGAACGUAUUCUUACGGGAAAUCGAUAGCGAGAUUGAAAAAUUGAAGAUAAGUCCGAUGGGCAAGUAUUGCAAGAUCGGCGGCGUCAGCGGCUCGCGGUACAUGGCCAAAGUCACGGAGCUCGAAAAUAUCGUCAGAAAAUCAAUCGCAGUGAUCGCCAUCUUGUCGCAAGCACCGCCGGAAGUUAUAAAUAGUAACAACGAGAAAAUAACGAAGUCGCUGGAGGAUCUGAUCGAGCGACUGUGCAGCAAAAUAAGGGCGCUCGAGAUCUUUGAUGAUCGCGCGAGCUUGCGCGAGAGAGUCGAGCAGCUCGAAGCUCUGGUUGUGUAUUUAAAAUCGGAAUUAUUGGAAAAGGACGGGCGUAUAAGUGCGCUGAACGACGAACGCUCGAGCAUCGGAUUAACUUUCGAGAGAGAUCGCGAGAGGUACGAGAGGAUUAUCGCCGACGUACGCGAGGCAAAUGUGGCUCUUCGAGGUGACGUGGUAAAGGGAAAGCAAGAAAUAUUGGAGAUGUCGGUUGAACGCGAGCGUUCCGAGCGACGCGACGCGGAAAUGCAACUGAUGAGCGCUGAAAUUGACGCGGCGGGGGGAGAAUUGCGGGGCCUUCGCGAUGACAAAGAGACGUUAUUAGGGGAAGCGGAAAGGUUGCGUAACGUUCUCGGGGAGAGGGACAAGGAAAUUGAGAAUAUUAUUACCCAGGGGGACGCGCUGAAAGCGGUCCUUAGGACCGAGAUAGAGGACCUGAAGGCGAAACUUGGGAUCGCUUCCGAUGAAAAUGUAAAACUGAGAAGUAUAAUCGAGGGACUUGGGAGACGGGAGGAGCGCGGGCAUCCGGGCGAAUUGAAAAGUUCGGAGAAGAAAGGCGGCGGGGAGAAACGUGACAAUGUUGGGGAGCGUGCGCAAAACCUCACGGAUGAAUUAGAGUACUUGAAAGUCAAGUCAAAUGAGCCUGAAAUAAGUCUUAACAGGACGGCCGAGCGAAUCGGCGACUAUUUCGAGUCCGCGCCGAACAAAACCGUCGGCGACGACAAAACGGGGUUGGAGGGUGAAAUUUCUGAUAUAGAGUCUAACGAGCAGCCGUUGACGUAUCGAUUGUACGUUCGGGCGAGCGCCAUCGGCGAAGAAACGUCGGGAGAAUUCGACAAAGUGAUGGCGGCGUACAAAGGGUUGGAGAAUAAAGUCAAACAGCUUGGGAACGAGAAAGAACAACUUGAGAAAGAGUUGUCGGAGUUGAAUCGGUCGACGGCCGACGCCAAUAACAAGUGCGCCGCGCUGCAGGAUCAAGUUAACAAAUUUAAGUCUGAGCGUAACGGCCUUCGGGAGGAGAUAAGCGUGCACGAAGCUGCCGCGGAGAAUUUUAAGUUCGAGCUGGAGAAAGUACGGGCGGAGCUCGCGGACGCGGCGCUCCUGCGACUGGAGUACUCGAGGGUCGUCGGCGAUUUGGAGAUGCUGUCUCUACGGAAUACCGAGGCCGAGGACCGUGUACGAGUGGUGUUGACAGAAAAGAACGAGCUCGCGACGCGUAUUAACGAGCUCAAUGAUGAGAACGUCACUCUGCGAGAGCAGUUGAAUAAGGCGGGCAAGGAGAAUGAAUAUUUUUCCAUGGAAUUGAAUAAAUCAAGGGUCGAAAAUGACAAAGCGAAAGCGGAAAAUGCCCUUCUGCAGGCUACCUGCGACGCGCGGGAGAGAGAGAACGUCGCGCUGAGGCGGGAGAGGGACGACGCGCGAGAGAGAAUAAGUGAAAUCGGUAACGAGUGUCGAGCACUCGGUAAUCAGCUGAAGGCCCAGCGAAUGAGGUACGAGGCGCUGCGUCUCGCCGCGGUCGCGCUGCGCGACGAAGAUAACGGUCGUAAGAAUUACCUGAUGAUCGAUAUGCAGGAUCCGCCCGCCGACGGUUACAACGAGAUUAAACAGAAGCAGGAUUGCUCAGAUGCCACGUGCACGAGCGUAAAGGUUGAAAUUGGCGAACUGCGGGACGGCGGAGCCGAAGUCAAAGUAGAAUCUGGUGCACGCGUCGGCCAUGAUAACAAAGCGGAGAUCAAAGACGAGCUGAAGGGCGAGCUAAAGAGACCGAGAAGCGGGAAUAAAGCUUUGGAAUUAGACCGGGCGAAUUCGAAGUCCGAAAACUCCGUGGUCACAAUGGAAGGCGGAUCCGAAAGCUCAGUGGCGUGGACGAGAGUACUGGACGACGGAGGGAUCGUCGAUUCUGCCUUGAAGAAAUCCGAGAUCGCGAGUGUCUGGCACGGGAAAGGAAUAAGCAAUUAUCCCGACGGUCCGGAGAUGUCCGAGGGUAACGAAAGAACCGUGCCGCUCGAUAUCGACCGGCCCGAGACCGAGAAUAGGACGCUGAAGAUGAAAGCGGGUAUCUUGUGCAGUAGUCACAACUCCUGUCUGACGGACAGUGAGAAAACGGGGGCCGAGUUCGGUAGAGCGACGGAGGAGAUUCAUGCUUUGAAACUCGAACUGAUGAACCUGAGGGAUGAGAAAGCGGCGUUGAGGUCGCAGCUCGAGGCAUUUAAGGAAGAAUUAAACGCAUUGAAAUCAGAGAGGGUGGCUUUAAAGGAGGAGCUUGCCGCCUCGAGAAAGUCCAACUUCGAUUUUAGGCUUAAGGUGAAUGACCUGCGAGGCGCUAACGAAAAAUUAAGGGAGGCAAAUGCGGGGUUAUGGGGUCGUCUACGGGAUGCAGAAUCGAGAGAGACGAAUGAAUUCACCGCAAUGACGAAAGUGUCGGAUAAAAGAUUAAAAAAUAAUUACGAGAGCGCGUUAAGUGACUAUCUAAAGAAAUAUAUUUUCACGGAAAAUAAUCUGCGGACAAUUAAUAGGCGAAGUCGAUUCGAUCGCGUCUCCCCUAAGAAUCUUGGACUAUAGUUCGUCGGAGAGAAUCUACAUUAUAUAGAGGGACAAAAAUUCUGAGGUUGCGUACUAAAUUAUGUACAAUUGUAAUUUAUUAAAUCUCACUGUCUUUAUUCGUUUUUUUAUAUUCUGUUAAUUCAUAUCGUGAAUUAUUUUCACUAAUUUAAUUUAAUUAGAGAAGUAAACGUUACUCUAUCACACUGACAAUGAAAAAAAAAAGUUAAUUUGACUAAAUUUUUCAGCUCAAUUAAAUUUCUUUAGUUCAAGUAUUCAUUCAUUUAAUUUACAUUCAUAAAAUAUUUCAAUUUUUAAUCA